AUGCAGGCUGCCAAUAAACUACAAAAGGCCCUCAGAACGGGCUCUGGCCUGACCUUCGGAGCUUGGCAAAUGCUGCCCGGGAGCAAUCAGGCAAGGACUAUAGCACGUUGCGGUUUUGACUGGGUUUUGGUAGAUACAGAGCAUGGAAACAUUGAUGACAGCGCCAUGCACGAGGCUGUUGCAGCAAUUGCAGGUUGUGGGGUCAGCCCAAUUGUCCGCAUAGCAGCUAAUGAAGGCUGGAUGGUCAAGCGUGCACUCGAUUCCGGAGCUCAUGGCAUCAUUGUACCCCUUUUAUACACCGCAGAGGACGCAAAGAGAGUCGUGCAAUCAGCCAAGUUCCCUCCGGAGGGGACGAGAGGUUUCGGAUCUCCUUUUCCAAUGGAGAAGUUUGGGGGCCAGACCUCGGCAGAAUACUUGCAGCAGGCAAACGAUUCGUUGGUGACCAUCGUGCAGAUAGAAACUAAAGAAGCCUUAGAAAACGUCGAUGCUAUAGCAAAGGUUCCGGGAAUAGACGUCUUGUUUGUGGGCCCCUUCGAUUUGGGAAAUAAUAUCGGGCAUUCAAUUGUCGACGGCACAAUGCAUGACGAGCUGAAAGAAGCCAUUGCCAAGAUCCACCGAGCAGCGAAGGAGAACGAAAAGAGCAGUGGCAUAUAUUCCACGUCGGGUGAUCAAGCUCGUGAGUUCGCUGACCAGGGGUUCAACAUGGUGUCAGUGAUGACGGAUAUGGUUGCAUUGCCGGCGUACAUGACUUCUGCGUUGACGACGGCCAGAGGCUCUUACGUUCAUUCAGCACUGAAUAUGGGCAAGGGAGCAAUGUCAGGGCUUGCAAAGAUGACAGGUUCACAAGGAAGCUAG